UCUUGGUUAUGCUGAGGGAGGAAGAAGAGGUGUGUGGCACGGCUCGACUUGAGGCCGCGUGAAGGCCCCCUCAGGCGGCGCCGCGGACAGCCCCGCAGCCGGGGCCUGGUGCAGCCGCCGCGGCCGCUGUCAGGGAAGCGCAGCGGCCAAUGGAGCCCGGGAGCGGCCGCUGCUGCUGAGGCGGCGGUGUCGGCAGUCCGACCCCGACCGGCCGCACCCCCUCCGCGGGGGUCCCCCGGAGCUUGGAAGCUCGAAGUCUGGCUGUGGCCAUGGGAGACACAGUAGUGGAGCCCGCCCCCCUGAAGCCAACUUCUGAGCCUACUGCUGGCCCACCAGGGAGUAAUGGGGGCUCCUUGCUAAGCGUCAUCACGGAGGGGGUCGGGGAACUUUCAGUGAUUGACCCUGAGGUGGCCCAGAAGGCCUGCCAAGAGGUACUGGAGAAAGUCAAGCUUUUGCGCGGAGGCGUGACUGUCUCUGGCAGAGACAUCCCGCAGCAGUUGGUCAAUGGGGAUGGUUUGGACACCGAGAUCCGUUGCCUAGACGAUCCACCUGCCCAGAUCAGGGAAGAGGAAGAGGAGAUGGGGGCCACCGUGACCUCAGGCACAGCCAAAGGAGCAAGAAGACGGCGACAGAACAACUCAGCCAAACAGUCCUGGCUGCUGAGGCUGUUUGAGUCAAAACUGUUUGACAUCUCCAUGGCCAUUUCAUACCUGUAUAACUCCAAGGAGCCUGGAGUUCAAGCCUACAUCGGCAACCGACUCUUCUGCUUUCGCAAUGAGGACGUGGACUUCUACCUGCCCCAGUUGCUUAACAUGUACAUCCACAUGGAUGAGGAUGUAGGCGACGCCAUUAAGCCCUACAUUGUCCACAGAUGCCGGCAGAGCAUCAACUUUUCUCUGCAGUGUGCCCUGUUGCUUGGGGCCUACUCUUCAGAUAUGCACAUUUCCACUCAGCGACACUCCCGUGGGACCAAGCUGCGGAAGCUGAUCCUCUCAGACGAGCUGAAGCCAGCUCACCGGAAGAGGGAGCUGCCCUCCCUGAGCCCAGCCCCUGACACGGGGCUGUCACCCUCCAAAAGGACUCACCAGCGCUCUAAGUCAGAUGCCACUGCCAGCAUAAGCCUCAGCAGCAACCUGAAACGAACAGCCAGCAACCCUAAAGUGGAGAAUGAGGACGAGGAGCUCUCCUCCAGCACCGAGAGUAUUGAUAAUUCAUUCAGUUCCCCGGUCCGACUGGCUCCUGAGCGAGAGUUCAUUAAGUCCCUGAUGGCAAUUGGCAAGCGACUGGCCACUCUCCCCACCAAAGAGCAGAAAACACAGCGGUUGAUCUCAGAACUCUCCCUGCUCAACCACAAGCUCCCUGCUCGAGUCUGGCUGCCCACUGCUGGCUUUGACCACCACGUGGUCCGCGUGCCCCACACACAGGCUGUUGUCCUCAACUCCAAGGACAAGGCUCCUUACCUGAUCUACGUAGAAGUCCUUGAAUGUGAAAACUUUGACACCACCAGUGUUCCUGCCCGGAUCCCCGAGAACCGCAUCCGAAGCACUCGGUCUGUGGAGAACCUGCCCGAGUGUGGUAUCACCCACGAGCAGCGGGCAGGUAGCUUCAGCACAGUGCCCAAUUAUGACAACGACGACGAGGCCUGGUCAGUGGACGACAUAGGUGAUCUGCAAGUGGAGCUCCCUGAGGUACACACCAACAGCUGUGACAACAUCUCCCAGUUCUCUGUGGACAGCAUCACCAGCCAAGAGAGCAAGGAGCCUGUGUUCAUUGCAGCGGGGGACAUCCGGCGACGCCUUUCAGAACAGCUGGCUCACACCCCGACAGCCUUCAAACGGGACCCAGAGGACCCUUCUGCAGUUGCUCUCAAAGAGCCCUGGCAGGAAAAAGUGCGGCGGAUCAGGGAGGGGUCCCCCUAUGGCCAUCUCCCCAACUGGCGGCUCCUGUCAGUCAUAGUCAAGUGUGGCGAUGACCUUCGGCAGGAGCUGCUGGCCUUCCAGGUGUUGAAGCAGCUGCAGUCCAUCUGGGAACAGGAGCGAGUGCCUCUUUGGAUCAAGCCAUACAAGAUCCUCGUCAUUUCGGCUGACAGUGGCAUGAUUGAGCCAGUGGUCAAUGCCGUGUCCAUCCACCAGGUGAAGAAACAGUCCCAGCUCUCCCUGCUCGAUUACUUCCUCCAGGAGCAUGGCAGUUACACCACCGAGGCAUUCCUUAGUGCCCAGCGCAAUUUUGUGCAAAGUUGUGCUGGCUACUGCUUGGUCUGCUACCUGCUGCAAGUCAAGGACAGACACAACGGGAACAUCCUCUUGGACGCAGAAGGCCACAUCAUCCACAUCGAUUUUGGGUUCAUCCUUUCCAGCUCGCCUCGAAACCUGGGCUUUGAGACAUCAGCCUUUAAGCUGACCACUGAGUUUGUGGAUGUGAUGGGCGGGCUGGAUGGAGACAUGUUCAACUACUACAAGAUGCUGAUGCUGCAAGGGCUGAUCGCCGCCCGCAAGCAUAUGGACAAGGUGGUGCAGAUCGUGGAGAUCAUGCAGCAAGGUUGUCGCCGUUGCUCAGGAGCAGCCCCGUCUGGCCCCGUGAGGACGGUGGCCCAGGUCAUCUGUUCUCAGCUGCCUUGCUUCCACGGCUCCAGCACCAUCCGCAACCUCAAGGAGAGGUUCCACAUGAGCAUGACCGAGGAGCAGCUCCAGCUGCUGGUGGAACAGAUGGUGGACGGCAGCAUGCGCUCCAUCACUACCAAACUCUACGAUGGCUUCCAGUACCUCACCAACGGCAUCAUGUGACACUAUGGGGGGGCCGGGCACCCUCCCCAUGAAAACUGUUUGAGAAACCCCACUACCCAUCCACCUGAGGGAAACAAAGGCAAGAAAUAUAAAGGAUCAUGUGGUAA